GUGUGUGUUUCCGAACAGAUCACACACUCUGCAGCUGCAGUAAAGAGCACACAGAGAUAAAAACAGUCGCACGCGCGCGCAUCCAUUAGCAGAGAAAACUCCAGACUUUCAGGUCGGUGUGUGACAGCAGCUGUAAUCAUCAUGGCGUUAAGUGGAUGUGGACAGAUCUGCAAAUGGAUCGUCAUCCUGUUCAACAUCCUCUUCAGUUUGCUGGGAUUAGGGCUGUUAGCAGGAGCAUUGUAUCUGCGCUUAAGUGCCGACAUUCCCGGGGAACUGCAGACAAACCAUUUCAUCUUCAUGCUGGGGUUGUGCAUUGCCAUUGCUGUGGUGAUUCUCAUCACUGCUGUGGUUGGAGAUUGCGGUUCUUGGAGCGAAAAUAAAUCUACGCUCAGUGUGUACUGUUCACUGCUGUUCCUGCUCGCCGCAGCGUCCGCCAUCGGAGGGGGCGUGGCCUUCGUUAAUAACAAAGAGUUCUCAAGCCACGUUGCAGAGUUUUACGCCACCAUCUACGCCCAGUACCUCAUCAAAGGAGACAUUAUCCGAGCCUUCCUCCUCAAACUGUUUCACAAUGCUUUUGACUGUUGUGGCCUGGGAGGAACCAUGCAGACCAUCAUGGGUAUCACCAACAUCUGUCCACAGCAGACCUCCAUACUGGGAAUUCCUAUCUCCACUUCUUCUAGUUGCCUGUCUCUGAUUACAAGUGGCUUGCAGGCCUCUUCAGUUCUGACCUUUUUCCUGGUGAUUGCUGGCAUUCUGAUCGUAGUUACUGUGUGUGCUGGUUUUAUUUGCCAGCAGCUGUCCCGCCCUGUCCCCACUUCUCCCCCCUACAUCCCUCUCUCCACCAGUACCUGUUCUCCCUCCUCCUUUACCAUCUGCUCCACUGUCCCUUCUUUCUCUCCUCCAUCCUACACCUCUGUGGCUGAAUAAGUCUGAUCUGUCUCAAAGCAGACAAGUCUUUCCUGAUGAUGUUUAGAGCGGGAUGAGUAGAAUUCUCUCCGUCUUCUUUUUUUAUUCACUAAACUUUGAUCUUCUGGGUUUUUUUCUGGUUUUCACCUCUCUCUCUCUCUCUCUCUCUCUCUCUCUCUCUCUCUCUCUCUUUCUUCCCAUUUUUCUGCUAGUUCCUGGUGUUGGUCUGCAGUGUUAUGUUGGCCUACAGCAUAAAGAACAGCGUUCUCUAUUCACCACCAUUGUACUACUGAUCCACAAAAGCUAAAUGGCUUAACACACCAUCCUCUGUCCUCCACCUAAUACUUUGAUUUUAUCCAGUUGGUGUUGGUGUUUCCUUCAAACAUCCACACAAUCUGCUGCUAAUACUUCCUCCUUUCACCUCUGUCUUCUCCUGGCUUUUGCCAUUCCUACAUCUGAUUUUCUCCUGUCUUUAUCUUCCCUACUCAGUCUUUUCAUAUCCGUCUUUUAUCAGUAAUAUCCUUCAAUCUCUUCUCAAAUCCUCCUCUCCUCCACCCAGUCUUCUCAAAUCCUCCUCUCCUCCACCCAGUCUUCUCAAAUCCUCCUCUUCUUUACCUAAUCUUCUGAAAACCUUCUCUCCUCCAUGCAGUCUUCUGCCACUGCUGUAUUUUCCCCUCUCUUCUUCACUUCCUCUUUUCUGUUCCAUCUAUUCCUCCUCUUUCCUACAGAUGUGUCUACUCCAGUGGAAGAGACAUCACACAGAGAUGUGGCCCCCAACCCCCCACACACACACACACACACACACUCACACUUAGUGAUUUGUAUUUUUUUUGUAGGUAAAUUAUAUAAAGUAAUCCAAUAAUUUUCAAUUGUUUCUUUUUAUUUGUUUAUUGAAAGCACUUUUCUGCAGUAGUUUUAUUUACUCUAUGACUUUGUACAAGAUUAUUUACUUGUAUUUUAGUUCACUUGUGUGUCAAUGUUACAUUUUCUAUUUGUUCAUUCGUUUUUUUUAAAUGAAUAAACCUCGGUGUGACUGUU